AUGACCGACUUCAGCUGGCUUCGGCUCGGGCAGCGUUCUCGUACCCCUAGCAUCCCCCGAACGCCAACGUCCCCUGAACGCGCGCCGAGACGGGCCGCCAGCAACUUGAGUCUAGCCAGCCACUCUUCGCACGAGCCAUUAACCGGUAGCAGUAGUGCUAGUUUGUUUAUCCGCGAACAGGAUAAGAUAUGGUAUAACCCCUCGCUAGACCAGAUGGUCGAGGCGCUCCAGGUCGUUCUCAUGACCCAGGGGGCACUACGACCCAUCCCCAUCGAGUACAAUUCGUAUAUCCUACACCUAAUCGAAGGAUUCGCCAACGCCCAAGAGAGGAUUCAGACCAUCGAUGCUGCUUACACCGAAGCUAGGCACUCGCUUGAGUAUCACCUGGAGCAUUUCAAGGCUGUAGCCGACGAGUGGCUGGAACGCGAGAGUCAGUAUAAAGCCGAGAUCAAACGGCUUGAAGUACUACUGUCGAGAACGUCCAGUGAUGGUCUAGAAGCAGUGGCGCUUGCCAGGACGAAUAGUGUCGUUGAUAGGAAUGGUCCUCAGGCUAAGCAGUUCGUCUCUAAAUUGAAGCGCCUCAGCACGCAAACUGUGCAAGAUGCGUCUCUUGACGUACCUGGAGACAUGGACAAAUACGGAACCAAGCCGGUACCCAAAGUACUCGACAGUAACAGCGACUUCCUCAUGAGCGAGAGGAUACGGCGACAUGAUACUGUCAUAAAUGCUAGUAUGACUCACCCUAAAGGUAGGCGUCGACGCUAUGAGACAGCAGUGACCCCAGGAGCGAGUGAAGAUUCGUCUGGGCCAGAGAAAAAAACAGUGGAACCCACAGUUUCUACCGGUCAAAUAACGCCAAAGCCACUAUUCUCGGAUGAUGUAUCCGAUGCGUCUGAGAUAGACAGAAGAAGAGGAACAGGGAUAAAAACGUCUGGGUGGCGUAGAAAGCAAGCUAGGCGGCAGAUAUUGGAAAACUUACUAGACUGCGAGGAACCUCUCAUUGGCAGCAGCGAUGACGCCUCUUUACACUCAGAGAACGUUCACCAGCAUCUAAGCGGCUGUAGGCUCGAUGAGGCGCCAAAGGACAUAGGUCUCCACCUCGACGAAAGACGCCUACGAUGCCUGUCUGGGUUCUCGUUUGUGCCUGGAGACGACGUAUCUCCUGUUCUCACGAGCGGCGGCUCUGGCAGUAAAACUCUAGCGGGGGCUUCUCCUAGGAGAAACGAGGAUAGAGAUGCUGAGCUAUGGAAACCCAGAUUUAAAAACAUGAAAGAGAACUCAACCGAGGAGAUAAGCGAAGGACCGGUGGGUGACUUGUCUAGCUGCCCGGAGUCUUGGGAAGACCGGUGGUCAUCAGCCGCGGAAAAGAUCUGCUCACAAGAUUCGUGUACGAGCAGUCUAGACACAGUAAUUCAAGCAGCUACAGGGAGCCCGUCGGUGGCUGCUUACUUGGAUUCUCCAAGAGUACCAAUAGCAUUACCAAUGUCACUCGAUAGCAACAGGGUCCGGAGUCCUAGCUCAGCAUUUGAGUUAACUAGUAGGCGUACAACACUCUCGCCAACGCCGGGGGGUGAAGGCAGUGAGUAUAUCAAGGCAACGGGCCCGGUAACUAAGGGCACGGACAAGGCCGGGAACCAAUGUCAUAAUAAUGUAUGAGGCGUUGGGUAGUGUAUCACCAAUACAUGUAGAAAGGAUGGAGUAAGUAACGUUUAUGCGGUGAUUCUUGGACGGUGGAUUUAAUCUUCGAGGGAUCCAUCUGUUCGCGAUACCUAUCGAGCUCGUGCUCACAAGGUUCUAGGCUAAUCCUAUACAAGUGAAGAAAAAAAACUUGAUCUAUGUAGUCCGGGUGUUUUACACAUGUAAUUCCAUAAAAGCCUUCCCGAAAUCCUACAGCGUCUAGAUUAAACGCCUUCUAUGAGUA